GAGCUGCUGCUGAUGAUAAAGAUGAAGCUGUGGGUGCUGCUCCUCGUCCUUUCCUUGGUCCUCUGCGUCUCUGCUGAUGAUGCUCAUGGGAGCAACUCCAUCAUUGGCUGUUCAGAUACUGAUGGAGAGAACGUUUUGAUCCUGGAUGAUGAGGCAAUCUGGUACGCCGACUUCAACAAACAGACAGGAGUCAAUUCUCUGCCUGCCUUUGCAGAUCCAAUAAGCUUUCCAUGUUCCUAUGAAGAAGCUGUGGCCUAUCAAGAGAUCUGCAGACAAAACCUGAUGGUGACUCGUAAGGCUAUGAAGGAGUUUCCCAAAGAACUCGAUCCUCCUUCCAGCCUGAUCAUCUACACAGUACUAAAUGUGGAGCUCGGAGUCCAAAACACUCUGAUCUGUCAUGUGACUGGUUUCUAUCCUGCUCCCGUCAAUGUCACCUGGACCAAAAACGAGCAGAAAGUGACAGAAGGAACGAACACCAGCAUUCCCUUCCCCAACAAAGAUGGUUCCUUCAAACAGACGUCCAGACUUCAGUUCAUCCCAAAGCAGGGAGACGUCUACAGCUGCACUGUGGAACAUGUGGCCCUGAUACAACCAAUGACCAAAUUCUAUGCUGUGGAGAACUCUGAUCUCAUUCUUGGACCUGCCAUGUUUUGUGGAGUGGGUCUGACUGUCGGUGUCCUCGGUGUGGCAGCAGGAAUCUUCUUACUCAUCAGAGCAACCGAGUGACUCUGAAUGGUUGGGGUUGAUGUUUUAAUAAAUUGAGCACUUUGCAAUCUAAUUACACAGAAACUGAAGUUUUACCUCUGGUGCCAGCAGACAGCAUCUUCAGAUUAACUGCUGCUCUUGAAUUUUUUUACAUCCCAAUAUUUUACAUGCUUUAUUGCAUAUUAAACAUCUGGAAGAAACUCUGUCCUUAAAAACAGCGGCAGGAGGCCAGAAUGAUCACAGACAUUUCAGUCCUCAUCCUCACUUAGACAGAAUGUUAAUUUGAUAGUUUUUUUGAUAUAAUAUCACAUUUGAUCAGGGCAGAGUUUUUGGGUGGAGAUCAGACCGCUGGAGAUCAGAACAAGUUUUUUGAUGGUAGAGAACAGUGAUGUGAACCAGAAGGUUUUUUGUUUCAUUAAAGAUUUAUUGACAAAGAUUUGAGUUCAUUUAUUUUCAUCUCAGUUCCUUUCAGGGCAGGGAUAGCUCAGUAGGUAGAGUGGUCGCCCCAUGAUCGGAAGGUCAGGGGUUCGAAUCCACUGAACGGUUACCCUGAGGUACCCCUGAGCAAGGUACCUACACACUGCUCCCCAGUGCUUAGUGGCUGCCCACUGCUUCACUGAGUGGAUGGGUCAAAUGCAGAGAAAAACAAGUAAUUUCCCCAUGGGGAUCA